UUUGUCACACAACGAACGUCACUUGGAUUUUUCUCCUUGUCUUGUGUGGAACGAAGUUAGAAAACUUUACAGCGUAGUUGAGAAGUGAUUUUAUUAAAGUUUUCUUAAAAUAUUAAAAGUGAAAUGACUAGCCAAACGCAAGGUAUCCAACAGCUACUCGCUGCUGAAAAAAAGGCCGCCGAGAAGGUAGCAGAGGCAAGGAAACGCAAGGCAAGAAGGUUGAAACAAGCCAAAGAUGAGGCUACCGAGGAAAUUGAGAAAUACCGCCAGGAACGUGAACGUCAAUUCAAGGAAUUCGAAGCCAAGCAUAUGGGCUCACGUGAAGGUGUCGCCGCUAAGAUCGAUGCUGACACGCGUACCAAGUUAGCCGAAAUGGACCGUGCGACUAUUUCACGCAAGGAACCUGUCAUCGAAGAAGUUCUACAAUUCGUGUACAAUAUCACUCCCGAAUUACACAAAAACUUCGUUAUGAAGUAAAUUAUCAUAACUAAGCUGAAGGAUUACAUAUAUGCCAGCUUGCAUGCAUUUGUAUUAUUCGUCGUAUAAUUGUAAAGUUUCUCAAUGAACUAACUAAACAUCUAACUAUAUAACUAAGCAGCAAAUUCCGAAAUUCUGUAUACGUUCCAUUUGCAAAUUUGUGGUGCAAUUUCGCCUUUACUUAAGAAAAAUUCCAGAUACUCAACGUGUCGCCGAUGCGCUGAGCCUCAUUACUUAAUAUACAAAUACAAAAGUGGGCGCAAAUUCACUAAAUGAUUUUAAGCUAAAAGUAUUAAAGUACUAUACCGAAAAGUAUAAAGAAAAAUGUACGCUAACAUUGUUAGAAUGGUAACUUUAUGUAGUGUAACUAAUAUAUUUUGUUUUCUUGUUGUUAUGCAAUAGUUAAUGGAGAAAGUGUGAAUAUUUAAGCAAUAAAGGUUCAUUCAUUUUUCGUUUUAUGGCCUCAAAA